AUGGACCUGGAGGAGACGAGAGAGUUCAGAGAGCGCUGUUCUCAGUGUGCCGCUGUUUCUUGGGGUCUUACUGAUGAAGGCAAAUAUUAUUGCACUUCUUGCCACAAUGUUACAGAAAGAUCUAGGGAAGUUAUAGACACUGGGGCUAUUCCUAAUACUAAAAUACAAGCCAUCAACCGGGGACUUAAAAGAAAACGAAAACUUGAGAAAGGCUGGGAUUGGUAUGUGUGUGAAGGUUUUCAGCACAUACUUUAUCAACAAGCAGAAGCCUUGCAGAGCCUUGGAGUAGGCCCAGAGUUAAAGAAUGAAGUUUUGCAUAAUUUUUGGAAGCGCUACCUUCAGAAGAGCAAGCAGGCAUAUUGUAAAAACCCAGUUCAUACCAGCAGAAGGAAAGCUACGGUAUUAGAAGAUAAUUCAAGCCAUUCAGACUGGGAGAGUGAGCCUGAGCUGCUGAGUGACGUGAGCUGUCUGUCUUUUGCUGAAAGUGGAGCAGAGUCUCAGCCUGAUGUCCGCACCCCAAAGCCUUUCCCCAUCAUCAAAGCAUCACACUCAGAAACGACCUCUGUCUGUUCUGGGUCUCUUGAUGGAGUGGAAUAUUCGCUGCGGAAGGAAAAGGGGAUCAUGAAGAUGAGUGUACCACGGACGCUAGCCUUCUGCUAUCUGUCAUUACUUUGGCAGAGAGAGACAAUUACUCUUUCAGAUCUUUUAAGAUUUGUUGAAGAGGAACAUAUUCCUUACAUACAUGCUUUUCAGCAUUUUCCGGAAGAGAUGAAAUUAUAUGGACGUGACAAAGGAAUCUUUGCCAUAGAGUCUUGGCCUAACUAUGAUGUUAUCUUUAAAAAAAUAAUUGAAGUUGCCACAUUCUUAGAUUUGCCACGUUUUCCAGACAUAACUGAAAACUGCUAUCUUCAUCCAAACAUCUUGUGUAUGAAAUACUUGAUGGAGGUCAAUCUCCCUGAUGAAAUGCAUAAUUUAACCUGCCUAGUGGUAAAAGCGACUGGAAUAGGAGAAGUGGAUUUUCUAAGAUUUGAUCCUAUAGCUAAAAAGGCAAAAACUGUUAAAUAUGAUGUGCAAGCUGUAGCUGUCAUUGUAGUGGCAUUGAAACUGCUCUUUUUAUUGGAUGACAAUUUAGAAUGGUCUUUGUCUAAUAUUGCCAAGAAAUAUAAUGAAAAGAACAAAGAAGGUAAACCAUGGUUUGAUUUCAGAAAAUGGUACCAAGUUAUGAAGAAAGCUAUUGAUGAGAAGAAACAAAAGUGGGAGGAAGCCAGGGCAAAGUUUCUGUGGAAAGGUGAAAAGCCAGUCUACUACUCAGCCAUUGACAGGCCCGUGGUGUAUAAAAGAAGAGAAAUGCUGGUGAGUCUACAGAAACAGUUUAGCACGCUGGUGGAUUCAGCACCAAACAUUGAAAAAAAAAAGCCUUCAAGUUUUCAAUUCAACUGGACUGAAGAGGACAGCGAGAGGCCUUGUUUCCAUGGGCAUAGCCUCCAGGGAGUCCUGCAGCAGAAAGGCCAGUCCCUGACAACCAAGAAUUCCCUCUACUGGCUGAGUACUCAGAAGUUCUGUAAAAGCCAUUGUAAGCAUGUGACAACCUACGAAGAAUCCAAUUUUUCUCUGAGUUACCAGUUUAUACUAAAUCUCUUCUCCUUCUUGCUGAGAAUAAAGACUUCCUUUCUCCAUGAAGAAGUGAGCUUAAUAGAAAAGAGACUUUUUAAAGCAAAAUAUAAUAAAACAAACAAGAAAUCUUCGAGAUCCAGGAAAACAAGAAAGUGCUGAAAGAAAUGAAGUGGAAACUUGCCGGGGAAAAUAUAUUAAUAAUGAAAGUAAUGUCAUUGUAAUA